AUGCAUUGUGUGCUUCGUAGCAGUGGCCUGCCAUCAAGCUGGGAACCUUGGUCUUGGUCGAUAUCCACGCUGGCGGGAACAAUAUUCUCCGCUCAAGGAGCAUGGACAGCCGUUGACUUUGUUCGUCCUGUUGGAGACUCUCCCUCGUUGACGUUACAUCCGUCCCGACAAGAGGACCAUAACGUUGCGGAGCCCUCGUCCGCUUCUAACUACAACGAGGAAACGGAGGGCUCGAGACAGCGAAUAAAACUCGACAACAACGCUCGAGCCGUGUGA